CCCGUGCCCGCGUACACUGCGUUCCGCCCCGCCCCGCCCCUCCGUCGCCACCUCCCCCGCCCGGCGCCAUGGCAGCUGCGGCCGGGGACGGCCCGGCGAAGCCCCUGCAGAGCGCUAUGAAGAUGGCCAACGGAGCCAUAGAGCUGGACACCGGCAACCGGCCGCGGGAGGCGUACAUGGAGUACCUGAGGAGCAUCCACUACAUCUCCCAGGUGCUACUGGAGGAGUCCACUAAAGACGCCUGGGACACGAUGCCCGCUGACACCUCAAAGAUGCUAAAGCUGGCCGAGCAGUGUCUGGAGCGGGCCCAGUCAACAGCUGCCAAACUCGGCAAGACGCUCCUUAAGCCAGCGGCGCCCGUGGCUGCUCCUGCGCCACCUACUGGUCGACACCGCCGGGUGUGCUCAGAUGAAGGAGGGAAGCUCUCUCCAUUCCUGCCCCCGGAGAUCUUCCAGAAACUUCAGGCAGUAGAGUCCCAAAGCUCCAAGAAGGAGCUGACACCACUGGAGGAGGCCUCCUUACAGAAUCAGAAACUGAAGGCUACUUACGAAGCCCGGAUGGCCCGUCUGGACCCUAGCCAGGCCAUGCAGAAGACAUCGCUGACCCUGUCUCUGCAACGGCAGAUGAUGGAAAACCUGGUGAUUGCCAGAGCCCGCGAGGAAACGCUGCAACGGAAGAUGGAGGAACGCCGACUGCGGCUUCAGGAGGCUGCCAACAGGAGGUUCUGUAGUCAGGUUGCCUUGACCCCUGAGGAGCAGGAACAGCGGGCCCUCUAUGCAGCCAUCCUCGAGUAUGAGCAAGACCAUGACUGGCCAAAGCACUGGAGGGCCAAACUCAAGAGGAGCCCAGGGGACCUGUCCCUGGUGACCAGCCUGGUGUCUCACCUGCUCAGCCUUCCCGACCACCCAAUCUCGCAGCUGCUGAAGAAACUGCAGUGUGCUGUGUACAGCGCACUGUAUCCGGUUGUGAGCCGGGGGGGUGCUGGUGCUCUGUCCGCCCCAGGGUGCUGCUCCCUGCCCCCAGGUGCUGACAGGCUGCUGCCUACUGGGGGCCGGCGCCUCCGCUCCUCCCAGAGCCUGUACUGCAUGCUGUCUCCCCCAGAGCCCAGUGUGGCCCCACGGCCCCAGGAUGGACCCCCCGCCACCCCGUCACUCCUCCCCAGACCCCUGGACAAAGGGGAAGACAAUAGCCCAGGCAGGCCACCCUCACCCCUGGCAGAUACCUUGUCCUGCCUGCCUGACAAGGACAGCUCCUUUGAGGACCUGGAGCAGUUCCUGGCUAAAUCAGAGAGGUGCAGCUGGGGCUCCGGGGCACAGGCUGAGCCACAGGUCCAGGUGACACCGAGGGAGCCCUUGCGGGAGUGCCUGAAGAGCACAGUGGAGGACAUUCACAAUGCCAUCGACAGGCUACUCUCGCUGACCCUCCUGGCCUUUGAGAGCCUGAACACAGCUGCUUGCAAAGACCGCUGCCUGGCCUGUCUUGAGGAACCCUUCUUCUCCCCACUGUGGCCUCUGCUGCUGGCCCUGUACAGGAGCGUGUACCAUGCACGGGAGGCCGCCCUGGGCAGGAGCAUGGAGCUCUACCGGAACGCACCCCCUGCGGCUCUGGGCAUCCCUGCCAAGCUCCUACCCCCAGGCCCUGAGGGCAAGGGUGCUACCACCUACCCCUACUGCAGUGCGGCCCAGGAGCUGGGGCUCCUGGUUCUGGAGAGCUGCCCCCAGAAGAAGCUGGGGUGCAUCGUGCGGACCCUGCGGGUCAUCUGCGUCUGUGCUGAGGAUUACUGCCGUGCCCAGGAGCUCAGGCCGGAAGCCGGACCCCAUGUCCCUGCAGCUGCCAUUGGUGCGGAUGAUUUGCUGCCCAUCCUGUCCUUUGUGGUGCUGAGGAGUGGCCUUCCCCAGCUGGUAUCAGAGUGUGCAGCGCUGGAGGAAUUCACCCAUGAGGGAUACCUGAUUGGAGAGGAGGGUUACUGCCUGACAUCGCUGCAGAGCGCCCUGAGCUACGUGGAGCUGCUGCCUGGGCGGCCCCUGGUCUCUCCUGCUCAGCCUCAAGAUGGUCUCCCACAAAGUACAAGUUAAAACAGUAAAAGAUACAACUUCAUAUUCACUGGGCUUGGGAACAUUCUGGAAAGCUGGACAAUGCUGAGUGUGUAGUGGGACAGCUGUGGGGUGGACUGGACUCUGGUCAACUCACACUACUGGCUCCAGCUGCGUGUGGAUGGGGUUUCUGACCUAGCAAGUCUGUCCUUUGAGCCCAAAGGAGUGACAGCAACCCCACGAACAGGGAAGGCAAAGGAGCGUGCACCUGUCCCCAGUAGCUAGACAGGCGGAACCAGCCACCCAACACUGUUCAAGCAUAUUUGCAAGUCCUGUUUUCUCACAUUCUCAUCUGGGCAGGUUCAUGGGACAGCUUGUGUUGGUGGUACCCAGUUACAAGCCACAGGGAGCUCUGCCUGCAUGGUUAUA